GGAGCGGAUCGGCGUGGUCUGCAAUCCAGGCGGCGGCAGCGGCUGAAUUGGUGCUGUGGUCUGCUGCUGCUGGGCUGGACGGCGGCUGCCAUGAGUCGGGGAGUUCCGCCGCCGCUGCUGCUGGGGGCCGAGGCAGUGGAGGAGCAUUUCCCCCCCGCCGCCCUGCUGAUCCCCGCCUUGGAAGCCGCCUUGGCCAACUUCUCCCGCGGCCCCGAGGGAGGCGUCGCCCAGCCGGUGCGCACCGUGGUCCCCAUCCAGAAGUACAACGGGUUCUUAGGAGUCAUGCCUGCCUACAGCGAAGAGGAUGACGCCUUGACCACCAAGCUGGUGACCUUUUAUGAACACCCCAAGGACCCUUCUGUUCCUUCACACCAAGCAACAGUUCUGUUACUGGAUCCAACCAAUGGGACUCUAAAAGCUGUCAUGGACGGCAGCGUCAUUACAGAGAAGCGAACAGCUGCCGUGUCUGCAAUCGCCACUAAGCUUUUGAUGCCAGCUGGUUCUGAGGUUCUCUGUAUCCUCGGAGCUGGAGUUCAAGCCCGCAGCCAUUAUGAGAUCUUCAUGGAGCUGUUUUCGUUCAAGGAGGUGAGGGUGUGGAAUCGCACCAAAGAGAAUGCCGAGAAAUUUGCCCGCUCGCUGGCAAGGCCGGUCCAAGUCUGCUCUACUGUCCAGGAGGCUGUCGCUGGGGCAGAUGUGAUUGUCACAGUCACUAUGGCGACAGAACCAAUCUUACAUGGAGAAUGGGUGAAAGCUGGGGCCCAUAUCAAUGCCAUCGGCGCGAGCAGGCCGGACUGGCGGGAACUGGACGAUGACGUGAUGAGGGACUCUGUCCUGUACGUGGACUCCAAAGAAGCCGCUCUGCGUGAAUCCGGAGAUGUUAUUUUAUCUGGGGGAAGUCCAGUUGCAAACAAUCGCGAAAACUCACUGGCGAAUCUCUCCCCGGCAAUGUUCCAAGCCUGUUCAGGACCGCCUCCGUCGAUAGGUGCCCAAACAAUCCAUCUCUGUUUGCAGGCGAAGAUUUUUGCGGAGCUGGGCGAGGUGUUGCUGGGAACGAAACCGGCCCUGUGUGAGCAAACGACUGUGUUCAAAUCUCUGGGGAUGGCAAUUGAAGACACAGUCGCUGCUAAGAUGGUCUUUGAUUCCUGGUCGGCCAGCAGCUGAAAGGAAGUGCUCUUAGGACACUCCAGCAAAAUAGCUUGACAGGCUGGUUCACGGUACAAUUUAUUGAUCAGAAGAAUGAGUAUCUUGCUAUUGACUGUAGCUCUUUUUUCCUUUUUUUUGACAAGUCUUUGCCUUGUGGAAAAGCAAUAGUUCUUUUUCUAAAGCAAGAAUUGGAUCCCCUCCACACACACACACACCCAACAAUAAACACAAUUUUUUUUCUGUA